AAUCACAAAAAUAGUUCAUUAUGUAGAGAUCGAUUUCCCUUUGAGAGAGCGAGAAAGUAAAGGAGUGAAUUUAUCAAAAAGGAGACUGAGUGAACCUUUGUUGCCGAAUUCAAUUAUCAAUUGCCGUUAUCAAUUAACACUAAUCAUCAUCAAUCAUCAUUCAUCAUGGCUAGUAUGGGUACACCUGCCGUUGUCAUGGACAAUGGUACUGGUUUAACUAAAUUGGGUUUCGCAGGUAAUGAUUCUCCUUCCUAUGUGUUUCCAACUGCAAUUGCAACUUCCACUGCCUCAAAAGCUACUAGAGGGGGAAGAAGUACUGCUUUAUCAUCCAAAAGAGGUCUUGAAGAUUUGGAUUUCUUCAUAGGUGAUGAAGCACUCGAAGCUGCUAAUGGUCCAAGUUAUGGAUUAUCUUAUCCUAUAAAACAUGGUCAAAUUGAAGAUUGGGAUCAUAUGGAAAGAUUCUGGGAAAGUUCAAUCUUUAAAUAUUUAAGAUGUGAACCAGAAGAUCAUUAUUUCUUAUUAACUGAACCUCCUUUAAAUCCUCCUGAAAAUAGAGAAAGUACUGCCGAAAUUAUGUUUGAAUCGUUCAAUUGUGCAGGUUUAUAUAUUGCUGUUCAAGCUGUUUUAGCAUUAGCUGCCUCAUGGACUUCUCCAAAAGUUCAAGAUAGAUCAUUGAGUGGUACAGUUAUUGAUUCAGGUGAUGGGGUAACCCAUGUUAUUCCUGUUGCUGAAGGUUAUGUUAUAGGUACUGCUAUUAAAAAUAUACCAUUAGCUGGUAGAGAUAUUACUUUAUUCAUUCAACAAUUGUUAAGAGAUCGUGGUGAAGCUGAUACUAGUUUACAAACUGCUGAAAAAAUCAAACAACAAUUCUGUUAUGUUUGUCCUGACAUAGUACAAGAAUUCAACAAAUUCGAUCAAUAUCCUCAAGAGAAAUUUGCUCAAUAUAUAGUGGAAUAUGCUGAAAGAAAGGCAACUGUUGAUGUUGGUUAUGAAAGAUUUUUAGCACCUGAAAUUUUCUUCAAUCCAGAAAUCUGUUCUUCAGAUUACUUGACUCCAUUACCAACUGUAGUUGAUUUAGUGAUUCAAGCUUCUCCAAUUGAUGUUCGUAAGAAGUUAUAUAAAAACAUUGUCUUAUCUGGAGGUUCUACUAUGUUCAAAGAUUUCGGAAAGAGAUUACAAAGAGAUUUGAAAGGUCUUGUUAACGAAAGAAUUCAAAGAAGUGAAAGAUCAAGUGGUGCCCAAAGUACUGGUGUAGAUGUUCAAGUCAUUUCCCAUAAGAAACAAAGAUACGCAGUUUGGUUUGGUGGAUCUUUAUUAGCUCAAACAGCUGAAUUCAAAAGUUACUGUUACACUAAAAGUGACUAUGAUGAAUAUGGUCCAAGCAUUGUUAGAAAUUUCUCCUUAUUCUCUGUACCAUAAUUAUAUAGAUUAGGAUAGUUAAAAGAUAAUUAAAAAAUAUAUACUAUAUUAUACGAUUUGUUAAAAAUA